CGGUUGAUGCGGUAGCAGUGAGUCUGUUUAAAGAGCUGUAAUAAGAUCCAGAGGUGCUGUAAGAGUUGGAUAUACACGCGAGACAAGUAACGUGCACGGUUUAAACGUUCAGCAGCACUGUUUAGUAUCAGGAGGCCCUGAAUUACUGUCACCUCCGGCCGGAUACUGAUACUGCGGCAAGCGUAAAAGCAUCUCCUGAGUUGGAGUCGCGAGCUUUCCGCCGCAUCCCAGCGCCGGGUGAGGGAAAUGAGCUGACACGGAGUCGACUCCUCUGUGUCAGCUAACGAAUUUCUUACCAAAAUGAGGAUUUUUAUGAUUGCGACAAAAUCCAACUAUCACUAGCGAUGGUGACAUCACGUGCACAAGGUGUUGCAGAUCCGGACAAUCUGAUCUCGGAGCUCUCGACUCUAAGCCUGUGUUAGCGACCUUGGAUUUGGAUACAAUCGGAUUCGGAUGAAAUCAUGAACUCGCUGCUUUUCGGAGACAUGUUGUCCGCAGGGAUGCUCGCCGCGCUGCCCGGAAACGGUUCGGGCGCGAGCGCGCUGCGCGACGAUCUGGGCUCCAACAUUCACGUGCUGAAGACGCUGAACCUGCGUUUCCGCCGCUUCCUGGCCCGAGUGCACGAGCUCGAGCGCAGGAACAAGGCGUUGGAGAGCCAGCUGAAGCUUGCCGCCGAGAGAGUGACCUAUCACCCUCUGUUCACGCGCGACGUGGCCGUGCAGACCGACUCGACCGAGCCGAGGCUACCGGGCACCAUCUGGAGCUACACGCACGUGCGGCGACGCGGGGAGCGCGUGGAGACGCUGCACGGGCCCGGGGUGUCGUGGUCGCACCCGGACGGCGUGGGCGUGCAAAUAGACACAAUCACCCCCGAGCUCAGGGCACUGUACAACUUUCUGGCCAAAGUCAAGCGCGAGCGUGACGAGUACAGGACCAAGUGGCAGGAAGAGCUGUCUAGACGAGAGCAGAUGGAAACGAUGCUGGAGACACUGCAAGAGAGCGCUCAGGAGUCAGAGUCCAUUCAGGAAGAGCUGAGGAAUAAAGUGGAGCGAUUAAAGGCUGAACUGGUGGUCUUCAAAAGCCUCAUGAGUGAUGGUGGCCGGCAUCCUGCUUCUCGUUCUAGAGCUGCAGAAAACAUGAGAAGGGUCCCUGAUCUGAAACAAAUGUCCGAGCUGGACUCUAAAAUCCAGGAGAAAGCCAUGAAAGUGGACAUGGACAUCUGCAGGAGAAUCGACAUCACGGCCAAACUCUGUGAUGUAGCGCAACAGAGAAAUUCUGAAGACAUAAUAUUCAAUGUCAGUCCGUCCAGGGCUCCAGCGGGGCCCGUGGCCUGUAGGAGAAAAGAGAAGAAGGCUUUGUCAGAUGAGGAAACCUCAGAGAUGGAUGCAGAUCCAAGCACGUCGGAAGAGGAAGCGGCGGGACCACUCAACAUCACGGACGAGAUGAAGCGCAUGCUCAAUCAGCUACAUUGCUCAGAUAACUCAUUUGUUGCCAGGAGGGAGAAUUUUGACAUCGACGAUGAUUGUGACAGUUUGACGUGGGAAGAAAAUGAGGAAACGCUGCUGCUGUGGGAGGACUUCACCAACUACAACGUGCCGUUCAUUAGCACCACAACCAAUGGUGCAGACUGUGAAGGAGGCAGCCAGGAAGCCGAUUGCAGUCUGGGAAGUCUCAUUGAUGAGACCGAGACGCUUUUCAAGACCAGGGAAGAGGAAUACCAGGCAACAAUCGGCCAGAUCGAGAUGGAGUUGGCUACAGCUAAGAGUGACAUGAAUCGGCACCUCCAUGAGUACAUGGAAAUGUGCAGUAUGAAGAGAGGGUUGGACGUACAGAUGGAGACGUGCAGAAGAAUGAUCAAGGGCGGGAGAAACUCUCCGUCCUUCAGCUCAGUGGCGAGCAGUGACUCAGGGAACACAGACGAGAUCCAGGAUGAGUCAGACAAGGAUGGAGACACAGAGGGGGCAAUCAGCUGAUAUUUACCCAGCCAGGUCACACCCUCCCCUCACCGAGCUCCUAUCAGCUCCAAGGCCACUCAGCAUUCGGCCAAUGGUAUCGAGCAGGACCAGUCCAAAGGAACUCUGAUGGACAGGUCCCAUUUUCCUGUAGGUGCUUUAAAGUCUCCUUUCUAGUGGGGAAGGUGAAGAGGGACGUUCUCUUGCCUCUUGAGCAUUGUGCCUCUGCAACGAUAUCCAAGGGUGUUCUGUUAGCCUGAGCAAUCACAAGCUUCAUUUACAAUCUGUUUUCCAGAGUAGGCAACCCAAAUUGUACCUUUUAAACCACAAUUCAGUAUCAGUAUCAAGACCCAACAGAAAUUUACAAUCAUAAAGAGCCAUUUCGCAUGUAUGAACCUUGGAUGGGUUGGAUAUCCAUUAAGAUGCCAGAAUGAUUAUAUUUUCUGUCUUUUCUACAAUGCUGUAUUAUUCAGAAGGCAGAAUAAUAGCUUUGAUGGCCUUUCUGCUGCCUCUAAACACUAAUUAACAAAAACGCAGUAGCGUGUGUGUGGACGGAAUGCAGCACAGCUCAAGAUAUCUCUAAGGUCUAUGCAAAUGGUUAGCCUUAUUUCAUGUUUUCAUCUUAUCCGAUGUUAUGUGUAUCCUGAUUGCCAUCUUUGCUGGGAAUACAGUUCUCGCCAUCGUAACGAGUGCUUCUAGAGGAAAUCAUGAGGCCUGUAAUGUUUACAAGCUCUUAGAGGGAGCUGUGGUGCGGUAUAGGUGCCUACUCAAGAGUACUACACUUAAAAAAAAAAAAACAGUUUCUGUGUUCAAAUAUCAUAAUUCUGGAAUGAAAAGAGCUAUGUGCCUGAUCUUAUGACUGGACUUUUUGAUUUUGAUGGCCUUAAUGUAUUCACUUGCUUUUUCUUUUUCUUUUUCUUUUUUUUUAAACAAAUUGCAGCCUACAUAUUUGCUCGGAUAGACUUCUUGUUUUGUAUGUCUUAAUGUUUUUUGCUGUUUCUUCCAAAGACGAAGCUGCCUUAUUUUGUUAAGCGGCUUAAAUGAUUUUAAGAGAUUUCAGGUAGCAAUUCUUAUUGUAAAAUGGACAUUUUUGUUGAGCGUAGGUUACCAUCACUACUGCUAAUAUAUUAAUUUAGUGAUGACCAACCAGAUAUGCCAGCAUAAUUUCAACCAUAAUAUGUCUCACAUUUGGCCAGCAAUGGAAGAAAAGUUUAUCUGUAACUGGGCUCAAGAAUGCUAUUAGUAUUUCCAUACUACGAAUAUUGUUAUUUUUGCCUCUUUUUUUUUCAUGUUUGACUUUUUGACAUUUAUGUUGUAUACAAAAGUUUUCAAACAUAUUUUUGCAUAUUCAUUUAAAUGUCAUUUAUGUUUGUUUUCUCUAGGAUUUCUUGUGUUCAUAUUUAAACUGUCUAUUGGUGUAAAAAGGAGGUCCUGACAUUAAUAACAAAUGAUUAGUUGUAAAACGAUGCACAAAACGGCAAAAUGCAGUUGCGAUCAUUUGAGCCUCCAUAAUACACAGAGAUGAAUCCAUCUUAUUCAGUUUUUAUUAUACUGUAUUAUAUUCUACUUCUUAAAAGUCAUGUUAUAGAAUUUCCUAUGAAAGAAAUCAAAGACCUGCUUAGGGUUUUAUACGAAUGUCCUUUUUUUUUUUUUUUUUUUAAACAAUAUUCAGGGUCAUUUGGAUGCUUUUUUCUGCUAAAUAAUUCAUGCACUAAUCAAAAUUUUGCCUUUUACCCUCAAACAAUGCUUAUUUUUAUAUUGUUUAACGCAAUAACAGGAAGACCAUACUGCAUUUCUUUGUGCCAGGCCCAACAAUAGAAAUCUCAGUAGAGACUUCCUUUUUGUAAUCAGUGAAAUGUAAAUAUAACGUUUACCUGAACGUAAAAGAGAUCUAGGAAAAGAUUGUCCAGUUUAAAGGUGCAGUUUGUAAAAUUAUAGACCUAUAAAAAAAAUCAUAUAACAAUUAGACAAUUUCAAACAUACCUUUCUUGACAUUUGCCACACUGACAUGCAACAGAUCUGGCUAGUUUCUUCAUUUAAUGCUUCUGUUGGCAUUUUGUCCGGCCUUGAAAUUUGAAAUGGAGCUUCUCAGCUAUGUCUCUUUUCCUUAAAAGGCAACUCACAGGGAUACAUAGCUUCAAUAGAGGAUUUGUUGGGUUGAGGGGAAGGGAAAAGCUUGUCAGUUUUCACUCCAGUUCCAGUUCACCAGUGCACCAGAAAGUGCAAUAAAUUACAAACUGCUCCUUUAAGUGCAUGUUACAAUGGUAACUGAGUAUUAGGUUAAGGUUUAAGAUUUUGUGCUCGUGACCACAAGGCUGUGAGUUCACAUCCCAGGGUUGCCACUGAUGGGUUCUUGAGCAAGACCCUUAAGAACCUGGCUGUUUCACUUUGUAAGUCGCUUGUAAGUUACAUAUGAAUGUGCUGAUACAAAUGAAUUUCUGUCAUGUAGACACUGGAGCUUUAUUGAAGUAGCAGUAAAGAGAUGGCCUGAA